CCAAUGGCCAGACGAAAUCCAACAGCUAUGGCGACAGUGGUUCGUCUGCUGAUUUGCAACCCGCCGAAACAUUAUCGGGGAAGAAGGAGGCCUUCGAUCGGUUCGCCAUGGACUGUUCCAGGAUCAGUGCCGUUUAAAUAGGACUCUAAGAGUAGCGCGUGUCAACCAGACGUCCUAGUGACACACUGCAACAAAAGGUUUAUAAAUGACCGUUCCUGUUACUGUAAUUUUGGAAGAGACAAGAAAUAAUUAAAAGUAGUUUGUUUGAAACCAAGCAAAGCCCUGUUGGUCAGAAGAUACUUUUCAAAUGGAUCCGUCUUCAGGAAUGCACAUGCCUGCUGUUCCCCCAAACAGUGAGGUGGUUCAUGUGACUGUUGGGAAUCCUAUAAUAACAAUGUAUCAGACUCCGCCACAGGCCCCCAGCAUUGCGCAGAUCAUUGCACAACAAGUCCUACCACAAGAUGUCACAUGUCAAACUGUACCACAUGCAAUUACUUCACAGGUUCAGUUAGCAUCACAAGUGCAGGCUUCUAUGCAUGGCCAUGCUCAAGGACGGGGUCAGUCUCAAAGCCAUGGCCAACCACAGAGUCAUGUGCAGUCUCAAAGCCAUGGCCAGGCACAGAGUCAUGUGCAAUCUCAAAGCCAUGGCCAGUCACAGAGCCACAUGCAGUCUCAGAAUCAUGGACAAUCCCAAAGUCACGUACAGUCUCAAAGUCAUGGACAAGCACAAAGUCACUUGCAGUCUCAAAGCCACGGACAACCACAAAGUCAUGUGCAGUCUCAAAGCCACGGACAACCACAAAGUCAUGUGCAGUCUCAAAGCCACGGACAACCACAAAGUCAUGUGCAGUCUCAAAGCCAUGGGCCACCACAAGUUCAUGUUCCGCAAGGCUCGUCACAAAGCGAGAGUGUUGCAGCAUCUCAGGAUAGUGCCAGAUCAUCGCUGCAGGUGCCCUUUGCAGAGGUCGCUUCUUUGCUGGAUCCAAACAUGAAGAGUUCAAAAGCCAGAAAGUACCAAAUCUAUUAUGAGGAAGUAAAACGGAGGCUGGAGCCCCCUGAGAAGAUGUCACUUCGAUCUCUGGCUGCCUACACUAGAGUGAGUCGGGGUCCAGCCAGUAAAAAAACCCUCCUGGAAUCGCUGAACGUCUUUGGCUUGUCACCAAGCACCAACACGGCGGUGUCUAGUACUUUCUCCAAACUCACUGAGGGUGACACUGCAGCACUGUGUAAAGACAUGAAGGACUUUGCCUUACAGUAUGUGGAUUAUGAAAAUAUGGCAAAACAGUUAAUGCCAGAGACAAACCAGGUUCAGCACUGGUCAAAAAUCAUUGAGACAAGGAAUUAUCUGGAAGAAAUGCGGAAAGUUUUCAAAGACCCUAUUAACAGCCGCCUGUUCUCCAACGUCACGCAUGGCCUCGGGAAUGGAGUGAUGGACGUUGCUCUUGACAUUAUUGAUACCGUCAUUGACCGGCAGAUCCGCAUCCUGUCAGGGAACACCGAUCCCAAACCUGAGCCACCUGUCAGAAGGAUCCGAAAACGCACACGCAAACCCAAGGCUGCCGUGGAGGACGGGAAACCCAAAGAAAAGGCCAAAAGAGGCAGGAAGAAAGGCAAACAGAUGCGAUUGGACACUGUUGACCCACAGGUUCCACAGUCCACAGAUAUUGAGAGUAGUGUACUGACUUUAGUGUCUGUAGGAUAUGAGACUAUAUCCAGCGGCCUCAGCGCCACCAGCACAGGUCUAUAGUAAUGCUGUGACCGAUGGAUGCUGUGAGCACUGUGUGCAUGCUGAGUGUUGACUUAAAGCACAUUUUAGCUUUGUAUUUUUUAGAUUUUGUUUAAAUGUCCUCAUCUAAGUGUUCUGAAUUCUUUCUGGGUGUCCAAACAGUUUCAUUAGAAAGGGGGAGUGGUUUAUAAUCAUCCAAGGUGUUUUAAUAAGAAAAGGCCUUUUUUCAUGUAUUAUUUGUAGAUUCCUCCUUUUUUGCUUUUAAUGAAUAACAAAUACAAGCAGGAUCUAGAAUCCUGAAAGAAAUGAAAAUCAAUGUUUUGUGAAGUACAGAGCAUGAUUCAUAUAAAUAAAAAAAAUCAUGUCUAAAAAGUCA